GCAGCAGCACAACAGAAGCAGGAGCUACAGCCUCAGCGUCUCCCGCCCCACACCCACAACGAGGACCUCUCUCACUGCCUCCUCCGCAGGACAUCACCGGCCGCCGCCGCCGCCGUGGCCCCGACCUCUCGACGCUUGCACGGUCCGCGUAAUGCGUGGCCAGACCAUGGCCGGCCGGCUAGAGUUCUUGAAUUGGACCUCGCUCUGGUUUAAAGAUUAGGGAAGGAUAUAAAAGGUUUGGAUUUCUAGCCGGUUCUUGGUCUCGAUUUCUUGGAAGGAGGAGCGGUCUUUGGGGGCGGAAAUUGCGCCCGCUUGUGUGCUGGUAUUGUUUCGAGAAAAGUUUGAAAUUUGGAGCCGGGAGAUUGGGCUCGGCGAAGAAUGGCUUCCAUGGCCGGGGCGCCGAGGGUGCGGUCGCUCAACAUCGCGGCGCCGGAGGCGGACGCCAGGCCGGUGCUGGUGCCGGGAGGCAACAAGGCCCCGGCGGCCGCCCGGAAACCUUCCUCCAAGCCGCUGCGAAAGGCGGCGGCGGAGAAGCCUCCGGUCGUCGCCGCCGCGGCGAAGGAGGAGGAGGAUGCAGUCGAGGGCUUGAAGAAGGACGCCCCCGCCGCCAACCUUGGCGGUGACGGCGGCGCGAGGAAGGGGUCGCCCACCUUGACCGCUGCCGCGGCUGGCGCGAGCAAGGGGUCGCCCCCCUUGACCGCCGCCGCGGUUGGCGCGAGCAAGGGGUCGUCCCCAUUGCCGUCGCCGAGGCGGAACCCGCCGCGGAAGCUGCACGACGUGCCGGCCCUCAAUGCGUCGCUCAGCGCGUCCUGCUCCUCGGACGCCUCCGUGGAGUCGCUCCGCCGUGGCCGGGCUUCCGGCGGAAGGACGGAGAGGAGCUGGUCCCGGCCGGCCGCGCCGAAGCGGGGGAAGGCUGCGGCGAAGGAAGCUGACGAUGCCGAGGUUAUCGCUCCGGUGACGACGGAGGCCGUCCAAGGGAAGAGGAGGUGCGCCUGGGUGACUCCGACCUCCGAUCCUUACUAUGUCACUUUCCAUGAUGAGGAGUGGGGAGUUCCAGUUCAUGAUGACAGGAGAUUGUUUGAGCUGCUUGUACUAUCCGGUGCACUGGCCGAACUUUCAUGGUCGGAAAUUCUCAAGAGGAGACAAAAUUUCAGGGAAAUUUUCAUGGAUUUUGACCCUGUUGCCGUUUCUAAAGUAAACGAGAAGAAGCUGGUAGCGCCAGGAAGCAUUGCCAACUAUCUUCUGUCAGAGCAAAAAUUGCGAGCAGUCCUCGAAAAUGCUCGCCAGAUAGUUAAGAUUGCAGAUGAAUUUGGAUCCUUCAGUCAGUACUGCUGGGGUUUUCUGAACCACAAACCUAUUAUAAGCAAAUUCCGCUACCCAAGGCAGGUCCCUGUUAAGAGCCCCAAGGCAGAUACAAUCAGCAAAGACAUGGUCCGAAGGGGGUUCCGAGGUGUGGGCCCGACGGUCGUAUAUUCCUUCAUGCAGGCAGCAGGGCUAACCAAUGAUCACCUUGUCAGUUGUUUCCGUUUCAAAGAAUGCGACACACCGCCAACUCUUUGCAUCAGUGGAACUGACAGGGCAAACACAGAAUUGGAUCAAAACAAAGAUGAGCUGAGGAAAAAAAGUCGCGGCGAGGAGAUGACAUCUAAGGAAGAUCUGUCAAGGGCAAUUGACACACUUACCAUUUCGUAACAUUACGAGGACCAGUGGUGCGGCUAGCUACUAUGGCUGUGUUACCUCUAUGUAGGUCAUGUGUUAGUUGUCCUUUGGACGAGCUUAGGGAUCAAAAGAUUUUGUGUAUAAAUCGUUUGUGUAGGUAAUGCAACUCAGUCUGUACAUUAUUACUGGUGUUGGAGGAUGAUAAUUUUUUUUACUGAUGCAGAGGUUCUCUCCCGGUCA